UUCAUUUCUUUAACUGAGUUCUUAAAAAGACGAGCGAAGCAAGCGAGCAGACUACCGCGUCAAGUUGUUGGUGUUAGUUAAAUUUGUGAAACAAGAUGAAGUCAUUGUUCAUUUUCGGCCUCUUGGUCCUAUCUACACUCACUUAUGCGGAGGAUGCGCAAAAAGCCGCCGAACCCAAGUCCGCUGAGCCCGCACCUGCCGCCACCGAAGCGAAACCGGUCAGUACGGCCGAAAAGAAACAGGAGAAACGUGGCAUCAUUUCCGGCACCGGCUACGGCUAUGGUGGACAUGGUGGUGGUGGUGCAGUGUUGAUCGGUGGACAUGGCGGUGGACACGGUGGUGGUGGCGCAGUGUUGAUCGGUGGACAUGGCGGUGGACAUGGUGGUGGUGGCGUCAUUAUCAGUGGGGGACAUGGCGGCGGUGCUCUUAUUGGCGGCACUGGGCUCGGUGGUGGAUUAGGUGGUGGAUUGGGUGGUGGUGGCAUUGCUGUUGGCGCUGCCAUACCCACGAAUGUACAAACCUCCUAUGUCGAACGCCAAGUCGCCGUGCCCUAUCAGGUAGAACGCGCCGUGCCAUACCCAGUGGAGCAAAUCGUUCAAGUACCAGUACAAGUGCCUGUACCACAACCCUACCCAGUCGAAAGAACAGUACAAGUGCCCGUAAAGCAGAUCGUCAAAGUGCCAGUGCAUAUACCACAACCCUACCCAGUGGAGAAAACCGUGCAUGUGCAAGUGCCCGUACACGUAGAUCGUCCAGUGCCUGUAAAGGUGCCCGUUCCAGCGCCAUACCCAGUGGAGAAAAUCGUUCAAGUCCCCGUCAAAGUACCAGUGCCGCAGCCCUACCCUGUGGAGAAGAUCGUGCAGGUACCUGUCAAGGUACCCGUUCAUGUGCCACAACCUUACCCAGUUGAAAAGAUUGUACAAGUACCUGUUAAAGUGCCCGUCGAUCGUCCCUAUCCAGUGCAUGUAAUCAAACCAUAUCCAGUGCCCGUAGAGAAGCCUGUGCCCUACACUGUUGAGAAACGCGUCACCAUACCCGUGCAGGUGCCCGUCGAUCACCCAGUUCCAGUGCCGGUAGAUCGUCCAGUAGCUGUGCCUGUGAAGGUGGCAGUACCCAGACCAUACCCAGUCAUCAAAGAAAUCCCAGUGCCAGUGGAGCGCAAAGUGCCCUAUCCCGUUAAGGUGCCAGUCGAUGUUCCACGCCCCGUUCAUGUCGAGCAGCAUGUCCCAGUGGCCGUUGAGCAACAUGUGCCCUACAAAGUACCUGUUCCGGUGCCAGUUCAUGUUGAAAGCCAUGUCGCACCAGCGGCUACAAUAAUCAGCGGAGGUGGAGGCUAUGGCGGCCACUCUCUUGGCGGUAUUGGCGGCUAUGGCGGUCAUUCGAUUGGAGGUUAUGGUGGUCACGCGAUCAGCUAUGGCUAUGGCCAUGGACAUGGACAUAUCCACAAAAGGAAGUAAAUUGCCACCGACAGUAACUCGCUGAGGGUGUGAGAUUUUUUUAGGAAAAGGACUUACAUAUGUACAUCUAGAAAAUACGAUAAUUUAGUUGAAAAUUUGAAAUGUACGGCCAUUAUUGCUCGGAAAAAUUUACUCUGCGAAAAUUGCGCUAAACCGGAUCGAAGUGAAAUGAGAAUGAGAACGUGUAUCAAAUGAGACAACUGUAUUUUCUUACUCUUUCUUAUUAUUUUCUUUCCCUAAUGUAUGAUUUAGUUUUUAGUUUGUGAUAAAAAUUUCGAAUUAAAGGAAGGCGUUGGAGAGUAUUUAAAAACGCUGCAGCGAAAUGUGCAAAGAGAUGCCCAGUAGAGAAAAUGUUUGAAGCCAAAUGGGCAAACAGUUUGAAAAACGAUUGGAAGGUGUGGAAAUUCAGUUAAGCGUGAAAUGAAAGAAAAGCUAAAUCAAAAACGCUGAGUGUAAUGUAAAUAGUAGAUAAAAAUGUGUUAGCAAAACUAUGAGAACUCUGUUGUUUUCAGCUUAAAACACUAGGUUUCAUUUCUUUCAUUUACUUCAAAGUCCAUGAACUUGCCCGCCACACCUAUUAUUUGUAAUAGCACAGAUUCGUAGUUUGCAACGUUUGCUUCUACAUACAUACACACAUACAUAUACAUAUAUUUCUAAUUUUCGGCAGCUUCUUUAUUUUGCCCCUUUCGCAAGCGUUGAAUAUCAUCAAAAGUCCUUCGCUCAUGAUUUUUUUAAAAACAAAAUGAUAUGAUCUUUGUUUUUUGUACCAAUUAUUAAUUUGUAUAUAAUUUAAAUAUGUAAAUAAAACGACGACAAGAUAUUAUCGAAGAAUACAUA